AUGGAUGUUGUGAAAGCUGUCGAGACAUAUGUGAAUAAGAUGGUGUCAACCCCAAACGCAAUGAAGGUGCUGCUCCUUGAUGCACACACGACACCUAUUGUUUCCCUAUCUGCUACGCAGAGUGUGCUUCUAUCUCAGCAAGUCUAUCUAACUGACAAGAUUGACAACCCACAACGGGAACGUAUGCCUCACUUGAAGUGUGUCUGCUUCUUGCAAGCAUCAGAAGAAAGCUUGACUGCCCUGGAGGCAGAACUUCGGGAGCCGAAAUAUGGAGAAUACUACCUGUACUUCAGCAACGUCCUUACCAAGAUGGCAAUAGAACGUCUGGCCGAGGCAGAUGAAUAUGAAGUCGUGCGAGAAGUACAGGAAUUUUUUGCCGACUACGCGUCCGUUCUGCCAGCAUUGUUCUCCCUCAAUCAUACACCCUCAAGAUCGUGCCCGCUUUACGGCUCCAACCCAAAUGCUUGGAACCAAGAAGCCCUUGAGCGCUCAGUUCAGGGGCUGACUGCUGUCCUCUUGAGUCUGAAGAAGAAACCUGUCAUUCGGUACGAAAGGAUGAGUGAGAUGGCGAAGAAGCUUGGGGUCGAAGUUCAUCAUCGAAUACAAAGCGAGAAGAGUCUGUUUGACUUCCGCCUUACUCAGAUGCCUCCACUCUUGCUCCUGCUUGAUCGUCGCAACGACCCUGUGACCCCUUUGCUCUCUCAAUGGACCUAUCAAGCCAUGGUGCACGAAUUAAUUGGCAUUCAGAACGGCAGGGUAGAUCUCAGCCAAGCCCCUGGAAUACGCACAGAAUUACGUGAGAUAACGCUUACAGUGUCGACGGAUCCCUUCUUUCAAGGUCAUCACCUCUCCACCUUCGGUGACCUGGGUACCUCCCUCAAAUCCUAUGUCCAGUCAUAUCAGUCACGAUCUUUGGCACAUUCUCCGUCAGCGAUUAACUCGAUCACUGACAUGAAAAGGUUCGUUGAAGAAUACCCGGAGUUCAGGAAGCUAGGCGGAAACGUCAGCAAACACGUGGCUUUGGUGGGUGAACUCAGCCGUUUGGUGGAAAAACACAAGCUGCUCGAUCUCGGUGAAGUCGAGCAGGGGUUGGCGACGUCUUCCGGCGCAGACUUGAAGUUUGUACAAAACAUCAUUCGUGAUGGAGCUGUCUCACCACAACAGAAGCUGCGGAUUGUAAUACUCUUCGCAUUGCGUUAUCAGAAGACAAAAGCCAAUGAUAUUGCAAACCUAAUUAAUCUCGCACUUGAAAACGGCGUAUCAGCGGAGGAUGCUAAGCUCGUCUAUGCCUUUCUUAAUAUCGCAGGUUCCGACCAGCGGCAAGGCGAUCUAUUCUCCACCGAAACUCUAUUAGCGAAGGGCUUCAGCGCUUUGAAGGGUCUGAAGGGUGUUGAGAACGUCUAUACACAACACAACCCGAAUCUAUCUCAGACGCUUGAGAAUUUGCUCAAGGGUCGGUUAAAGGAGGCUUCAUAUCCGUUUGUAGAGAACCCUGGUCCGAAUGCAGCUCUACAGAGACCUCAAGACGUGAUUAUUUUUAUCAUUGGCGGAACCACCUACGAAGAAGCCCGGGUCGUCUCUCUCCUAAACCAAGACCUAAGCUCUGGUAAUGGACCGCCAGGAUCUGCUACCGCUUCUGCUGCGGGAACACGGAUACUUCUGGGUGGAACAACUGUGCAUAAUUCAGGAAGCUUUGUGGAUAUGAUUAGAACUGCUGCUGCGAAUUUCCCACCAACGGUGUAUGACCCUCCGCCCGAAGCGCCGUCGAACGCACCAGCAUUGAAUUUGACGUUGGGCAACGUAAACGUUAGUCUUGGAGGGCCUGGAGCUGGUGUAUUUCGAACGGACGGCAGGAGCGGGCCGGCUGUUCAGGCUGAUGGGAUUAGAGACGGCGUGCGUAGUUUGCUCGGGAAGGUACGGGAGGGCGUGGACCGAAUUGGUCUGCAGUAG